UUUCGUUGUGCUGCAGCGUCGUUGUGCCAUCGGUAGCCAUGGCGCUGCUGUCGCUGGCGGUGGCGCUUGCGCUUGUGCAGAGGUGCGAGCGCCCCCCGACGACGCUACCUGCGGGUCCCCGCGGUGUGCCCUUGCUGGGAAACCUGCUCUCGGUGGGCACCACUUUCCACUUCAGACAGUGUCCACGCUGGGCGGCGCUGUACGGGACCGUGUUCAUGGUAAAGCUGGCCGGCAUCAAAGUUGUUAUUCUGAAUGACUACGAAACCGUCAAGAAAUUGGUUACAAGAAAAGAGCUCCUUCAUCGCUCCAAGGACUGGGCGCUCACAAGCACCACAGAAGGCUUAUCGGCGCUCAACGGCAAAGCUUGGAAGGAGAACCGGCGGGUGUGCAUGCAGGCGAUGGCUGAGCUGGGAUUCGGCAAGGAUGUAAUGUGGAUCAGAGUCCAGGACGAAGUGCAGCACCUGGUCGAGACGCUCGCCAAGUGCGACGGGAAGCCGGUGCCCUCUCGGCGCCUGCUGGCGGCUAGCGUGUGCAACUGCGUGGCUCUGUACUUGUUCGGCCAGCGUCACGACCUGGACGACCCGCGGCGUCGCUCCGUGGACCGACAGGUGGAAGCCUUCUUCCGCGCCGGGGCUUCGACGCCCGUCGAAUUUCUGCCCGCGUGGCUGAGGCGAUUGGCCAGGCUGCUCCUGCCGGACUGUCGGAGCGCCUUUGUGGAACGCUUCGCCCAGCAAGUCACUGAGUUUUCCAGAAACCAAGUCGCCAUUGCUCAGAAGACACAGGAAGGCAGCCGCCAUCGCUCAUUCAUCGACGUAUACCUUAGAGAAGCACAGAAGCGAGCAGCCUGCGUCGACAAUAGCCUUACAACGUCGCGUCUGGUGGGCAACGUGACUGACCUUCUGCUGGGCGGCACGGCGGCCUCCACGCUGUUCCUGCACUGGCAGCUGCUCAACGUGGCCGCGCGCGCCGACACGCUGCAGGUGGCGCUGCAGCGCGAGAUCGACGCCGUGGUCGGCCGCGACCGCUCGCCCGCCUGGGGCGACCGCACCCGCUUGCCGCUGGUCAUGGCCUGCGUGUGGGAGACGCUUCGCUGGAAGGCCGCCACGCCGCUGGGCAUACCGAGGGGUGCUGCGGAGGACGUGGUCGUGGACGGACUUCUCAUCCCCGAGGGGACCACGGUGAUGCCGAACCUGUGGGCCGUGCACAUGGACCCCAAAGUGUGGAAGGAUCCUGCCAAGUUCGACCCGACCCGAUUCCUUCCGGCCGAUGGAUCGGCGCUCAUCGUGAGGCCUGAGCACGUCAUUCCCUUCUCGAUCGGCAAGAGGAGCUGCCCGGGCGAGGCGCUGGCCAUUGUGGAGAUGUUCCUUUACACGACCCACCUGCUACACGCAUUCCGCAUCCUUCCUGAGGAGGAUCAGGAAGGCCUGCUCGAGCGCGUAGAAUCCCUGGGUGCCCGAUCCAACGACUUGGCCUCAGUCAGGCUCCGCUUCUUCAGGCGGUGACAGCGAAGGGGCUCACGUGGCCUCCUCCGCGACACUCCAGCAGCGCGGGGGAGGGAAACGCAUGCAUGGACUACUGCGGAGCGUUAUGCCUGAAGCGCAAAUUGACAGAACGCUGCAACGCGGUACUUCGGCAAUUUUAAUUCCGUAAAGUUUGAAGGCUGUUAUGGGAAACGCUUUCGAAAUUCAUUAAAGUAGGAAUACUUAAGCUAUUUCUAUUUCCUCUGGAUUUCUUUUACCACAUAGGCAUACAAUUUAAGUUCACUAAAAUAGUAAUGCUCGACAACUAGUUAUGAAAAUUACACAAGCUGCUUAAAUGGACGAGUCCGGCAACAAUCUAAAUGAAAUUAUUGAAGCACGUCAUUGGAGAAGUUCAUAACGGGCUAGUGUCAUGCAGAAAGCUGCUGCCGUUAAUUCCUGCUAAGUAACGAAUUCACGCAAAGUUCACCCCGAAAGAGAAAGAAAACUGCCGAAGACCGCAACUGUCACGCCAUGGGUCAUAAGUGUCGAGACUACUUAUGCACCAGCGUCGGAGGAGCAUGAAGUAAGAAAGAUUGCGCUGCUUUACAGGCAUACACAAAUAAUAAAGCAUAUAUUUUACAAGAAACUAACAACUGCACAACUCAAGCACGUGUUCCCAUUUUCAUUUGAGCCGUGUGUGAGGCAGUUCAUGUGUGCAAAUAAUUAUAAUGACGCGUUCGUGAAACAGUGGAGAGCAUGCACACUUUUCACAAUGAGCAGUCCUUCGGGCGUUCUUGUUACGCUGCAGUCAUGUCCUCCUUCGUCAUUGCAUCUCGAUACGAAUGGGGCAAGAGGACGCGCACCACUCUGGAUCACUGCUGCGUCCACAGCAAGCCUUCAGCGACAUAGAACCUCUCGUUGAUCUAGCGGUUCUUAAAAAAAUUAGGGCAGAGCCAAUCUCAGUAUCAGUGUCGAAGGCAAUGCGAUUAGCAUUCGAGCAAUGCACCGGUACAUCGAAUAUCCUUUAAUCGCGCUACCACACACCCCUUGAAGAUGCAUUGCCAACAAGCCCACAUUGCAACCCUCGUGAAUAUCUCACGUUUAUCUAAGAUAGGUAGUGGUCAUUCCAAGACUUCCCUUGCUUCGGCUAUAUGCGACGUGUUCCGGUAUAUUCCCAGGUUUUGCUUCGGCACUCGUUUGCCAAGCUUGCAUACAAACCUGGUGGCUAACGACGACUGUAUGACGCCGGCGCAGUGAUGGAACAACGAGUGAAUCACCUUGAUGAAACCACAAAGGAAAGUAUGACAAAACGGCGGCAUUAUGACAAGAUGAUUUUUAAAGAAUGAUGACAGUAUAACCAUGACAGUGUAACGACGACAUGAGAACGACGAAUGUAUGACGCUGGUGGCGUGACAACGAAGGUAUGACAACUAGAGGACGAAGCUGGAAUACGAUAAUGGCAUGACCAUGACCACGACGGUAUGACUACGGACGCAUGAUAACGAUUUGCGACGACGCAAGAACAACGAUGGCAUCAACCGGCCGGUAAAAUCAUGAAUAAAUGACGACAGCAUGAUUACGAUAAAAUGACAAAGAAGGAAUGAUGUCGAUGGAUCGAGCGGAAUGACGAUCGACACUGGAAUGACAUUGCUGAUGGGGCGACUGGUAAAAUAACACCAUGACGACUACGGCAUGAUGAUAAUCGUACGAUGAUGGCGUGACAAAAAUUGUCAUGACGAGACUGGGAUGAAAAAGUUAGAAUGGCGACGAUGCAGAGGCCGCGAUGGCAUCCCGACGACGGUAUAACGAAUGCGUGACGACUAAUGUAUGACGACGAUGCAAUGACGAGAAUGGCAUGGGAAUUGUAUGAGGUCAAUGGUGUAACGCCGAGUGAAAGAUGGCAAUGGCAUGACGAAGACUGCAUCACGAAACCUGAAUGGCGACUGUGGAAAACGAUGGCGAGUCGACGACGGCACGAUGAAGCUAAAGUAACGACGAUGGCACAACCACCAUCGUAUACCGACGAUGGCAUGACAACGAUGGCGUAAUCACGUUUGAAUGAAGACUUCACUUUAUUACCUCAAAGACUCCGUUUAGGGGGUGUUGCAUAAGGGGUGGGCUACCAAAUGAAAGUUACAAAGCACAGUCUACAUGUGGAACAGUGUGCUGCGACGUUUUGUGCAAAAGUUGAUGGACACGUGAUGGCUGCAAUGUCACAGGGAAGGCCAUUCCAGUCUACCGCUGUACGAAUAAAAAAAGUCGCAGUUUC